GUGAAAUCAUUUCGAGAGUAACAUAUCAGCUCUGUGGAAUAAAAGUUUUUUCCAUAAUUUUUUCGAAAACCCAAAAAGUUGAAGCCGAAAAUUGACUAGCUAUGGCCGAGGAGAAUGGGCUAUUUGGUGCCGUCUUGAUAUUCGGUCUGAUUGUUGUGGGAUAUAUAUUUUGUCAUUGUUAUCAGAAGCUGAAGAAUCGCGUGUGCGGCGACAAGAAUGCGCGCAAGGAUCAGAAGGCGGCGCCAGAGUUGCCGCCCUUUCCGUUCACCAAAAUGACGGAAAAACAGCUGCUCGACUACGAUGGCAGUCGCAGCGACGGACGCAUUCUGAUCGCCUUCAAGGGCAAGAUCUAUGAUGUGUCCACCGGCCUUGAGGACUUCAGUCCCCAGGGCGUACUGGGCUGCGUGGCGGGACGAAACUUUUCCGAGUAUCUGGAGCGCACGCUGCAGCCGCGCGAAACCAAGAUCGAUUAUAUGGCACGCUGGGACAAGCUGCUCGAUAAGAACUAUCCCAUGGUGGGCGUGCUCACCGACGAGGAGGAGCAGGAUAAUAAAGGAACCGAGAGCAUGGAGGAGAACGAGGUCAAUGAAAAGACGGAGCAGGAGGGGCAGCUGCAGGAGGAGAAGCAAGAGGAGGAGGAGAACUUGGUGGGCAUCAUGGAUGAGCCCAACGAUAGCACCGAUGUCCAACUGGGCGACUGUCCGUUCGAUGAUGAAGCGGAAAUGUCGGUAAUAAAAUUGACUGAAACCAACGAAAUCUUGGAGGAUGAGCUGCCUCCGAUACUUGCCGCGGGUCUGGCUGAGAAAUCCUUGUAAAUUUUGUUCUCUUCCGUAUGUUUUGAAAUUGUUAUUCGUUCUUGUUCAAAUAAUACACGAGUUGCUAAGUGUUUCGAAA